AAAAAAAAAAUAGAAAAGAAAAAAAGAACAUAUUUAUGGUAAAAACUAAUUAUUUUUUUCAACAAUUUACCCUCACAAAAUCCUGGAAUUUAUAGAGUAUGGACCUCAAUAUGGAUAUACUACCAAGUGGGAAUAUUUUUAGUGAACUAGAACGCAUUUGCACCACCGGCUACUUUUCAUCGCAACCAUCAAUUGAAGAUCAAUGGCAACAGACAUGUUAUGAAUUGGAGCGAUAUCUACGAGACGAACCAAAAUUGCAGUCAUAUAAGAAAAUUCACGGUGAUAUCGAUUCAUGGGAGAUAUUUUCAGCACCGGCCCGAAUAUUGGAAGAGCUGAAAAUUAAGGAACAAAAUUUGGAUUCUAUUUCAACAACAUCAUCCAUCUCGUCACAAUGCUCAGGUAUAUCAUGGGAGAAUGCCAGCUCUCAGUCCGUAAGUUGUUCAGUAGUUGUUAAGCGAGAACAUAUAGACGAAGAAGACGACGAUGGAGAUUUCAGUACGGAGAGGGCAGGAGAGAAUACGCUGCAAACGAAUAUACAUAUAAAUAUACCGGCAAUAUCGAAAGGUAAUGGAAAUUGCAUUCAAAAUGAAAAUGUAGCUUCGGCCGGUACGUCGGCUGGCAACGCAUUACAACAGAGUAUGAUGAGCGAAAAGCCUAUUAAAUUGCAUGUAAUUGCCUCAAAGAGUGCUUCCGGCAAUAAUGGCGGUCACAGUUCUCCAUUUGCAUAUCAUAAUAAUGCUCAUGAUUAUGCUCUGCCCACGUUGACACCGCCUUCCUCACCGGAAUCGAUACGCACGAGCGGUAAUUCGAGUCAGCAGCAGCAAGUAGCAGCAGCAGCAGCGUCUGGAGCCCACAUAGACGCCAAUGAGCUGAAUGCUCUAAUUCAUAAGCAACCUCAACGCCUCAGCCAAGCGCAGCAAACUCUUGCAACGCCUCCAACAACCAUAGUACGUUUUCCUACAAGUUCAACGGUUGCAACAACAAAUUCAAAUCCCAUCACGACAAACACAGUUCCUUUAUCGUUAUCGCAGCAACAGCAGCAGCAGCAGACACAGUCAAGGGUUCAACAGCAACAGCAACAACAACAACAAUCACAACAAGCAACACAAACGCACGUCGCCACAGUUGUACCUCAUCAUCACCACCAUCAUCAUUUGGCAAUGCCAACAACCAGCAACGCUGGCAACAACACAGAUCCUCAAUCAAAUACAACGCAUCAACUAACUACAAGCCAUGGCAACAUUCCGCGCAAUACCAUGGUACGAUUAACUACCACCAAUGGAAAGCAAAGCGGAGCCAUAAGUUUAGCUCGUGUUAUCCAAAUGCAAAGUAACUCAAGCGGGAGUAUGUCAGCAGCGGCUGCGGCUUUACUAAGUACCGCGGCGGCCGCAAACAACGCAACAGUCGUGGCAAAUAGUGCCUUAACAGCGACUCAAAUCACACAACGUGGCACACAAUUGCAAAAUCCCCAAGUGACGACAUUGACCACCAAAUCUCAUGCACGCCAACAGCAGCCAUCACUGCAUGAACACGGCCCAGAUGCUAAGCGUCGGAUACAUAAAUGUCAAUUUUUGGGCUGCAAGAAAGUGUAUACCAAAAGUUCACAUUUGAAAGCCCAUCAAAGAACACAUACUGGUGAGAAACCGUAUAAAUGUUCAUGGGAAGGUUGUGAAUGGCGUUUUGCCAGAAGUGAUGAACUAACGCGUCACUAUCGUAAGCAUACGGGAGCCAAACCAUUUAAAUGUCGUAACUGUGAUCGUUGCUUUUCGCGUUCCGAUCAUUUGGCGCUACACAUGAAACGUCAUAUGUAAAUCAUCGUUCGCUUCAUACCGGAGCAGCGAAGAGAAAAAUCAAAUGGAAACGAAACGAAUUCAUUAAAGUAGUUAUUGUGCCAUCGUCACCGUCAUCAUCGCUACCAUCCUCAUCAUCAUCAUCAUCAUCAUCAUCAUUAACAACAACAUCAUCAAGAACGUCACCAUAAUCAUCAUCAUCAUCAUCAUCAUGGUCAGCGUUACCGCUGCCACCAUCAAAAGUAUGCAAAUACAGAUUUUUAGGUGUUUAUCAACAAACUUUUAUUUAUGUAUAUGAAGAAGCUACAUACAUAUGUAUAUCAACAACUUAGGAUAUUUAGAGAAACAAAAAAAGAAAGAAAAGUAAAGGAAAAACUAUGAAAAAAUCAAAGGAUCCGUUGUGUGGUAAAAGACUGUAUGGAAGUUUUUACGACGACUAAGAAGAAAAAAAUGAAAAGAAAAACCGAUCAUUUCUAAGGCUAUCCUAGGCCUUAAGUAAUUAAUUAAAGCUUCUGUACGUAUGUUAUCAAGUCCGUCUCUCAUUCCUACAGUCCUUAGGUAUAUAUAUCAUUACUUUCAUAUAAGUAUUCAUUUUCACUCUCCGGCACAACGGAUCUUAAAGAUUUGGUGCUUAAUAUUGUUUUGUUUUUUUUUUCUUUUUCGUUUUCAUUAAUAAUCAUAUGAUAUAAGUGCGAAAGAAAACUAAAGCAAAAAACUGAAACAAAAAAAAAAAAAAA